CUUGACAACAGUGCUGCGGUUCAUUCUGCUGGAGUUCCUGAAACCGGUUAUUGGCUGAUCUGAGGGAUAAACCGUCAUGGCUGAGCCGGUCAAGGACACAAUGUCUAGAAAAGAGAAGAAAAACGCACCUUCAGAGAGAAGCCAUGGAGCCAGAGGCAAAGAAUACACUGGCAAAACAAAGGACUCCAUAAGCACAGUGUCAGGGAUGGACGAACUGGGACACCAUGACGACAUGAUGACGGCUAAAACAAUGCCGAACACCUACCAACUGGGACCUUCCAAACGCUUCCCAAUCUCUACAGUCACAGACAUACUGAAGGAUGUUCUCGCUACUAACCUCCAGCUGGAAAAGUAUGAAGUAGAGUGGGCUCGAAAAAUGACCAAAACGCUAUCAGAGGUGAUAAAAGCCGGUGUUAAGGACCUCAUGAUCCCCAGAUAUAAACUUGUCGUCCUGGUCACCAUUGGCGAGCUCGCUGCGCAGGGCAUGCAGAUGAACAGCCGCUGCCUCUGGGAUGCAAAUAACGACAACUUUGCUUCCUACUCCUUCAAAAACAACUCUUUGUUUGGUGUGGCGAUCGUCUACGGUAUUUACAUGGAAUAGGUAAAACACUAUUCCAUGAAAAGCCUAAUUUCAUCUCUGUAUUUCUCAUGAAAUAGUGUUAUAUCUGUUGCUGAAGAAUUUUCAAACCAAGGUGUUUUCUUUUCAUGUUUUAUUUUUGCAUAAUUAAAGGUGUA